AUGGGAAAACAAGAAGUAUUAAUUAUUGGAGAAAUUUUCCAUGCUACAAAACAAUUAGAAGAGAUGAAAGAGAGAUAUGAAUUUAAGUCAUUUGAUUCUACAAGAGAAGAUUUUAUUACAGAAGCUAUAACAAAAUAUGAAAAUUUUGUGGCUAUUUUAUUAGCUCAUGGUGCUGAAAAGCUUAUAGUAAAAUUUGAUAAAGAAAUGUUGAAUGCAUUAUCACCAGCUAUUAAUUCUAUAUUAGUAAUCGGGGAUGCUUCUACAAUUGUUGAUGUUAGUUCUGCUACUGAUAAUGGUAUAUUUGUAGCUGAUACCACUAGCAAUCUUAAAUUAAAUGAUGGUAUUGAUUAUACUUAUGAUUAUUAUAUGUCUAUACUAGAUAAUUUAGAAUUUGUUUUAAUUACCGGAGUACCUAAAGAUCCUAUAAAUAAAUUAGCCGAUGUUGAAGAGAAAGCAGCCGAAAAAACAAUUUCCUAUAUAACUUCUGCCGCAGAGAAAGCUGGUGAUGGUGAAUUACUUGAAGAAAUGGAUGUUUCUGAUAUUAAAAUUAUUGCCUACCUUAAUUGUAUUGAGGAAGUAAAUAAAAUCAUUUCCUAG